AACAUUGCUGAAGAAUGACAUGACAAAACACUUUCAUAAAUUUGGUUUUGUUGGGUUUGUUUAGAAAUAAAAUUCUGUGAAGAAUAUAAAUUACACAUUGACUAAAUAAAGGCUGUUCCACUAAAAAUAUCAUGGCUACGACCCUUGAAGAUAAAUCAAUCUGGGAGGAUGGCGAGGAGGCGCUUAGUGAGGAAGUCCUCCGGAUGCCAACAGAUGAGAUAAUCAGCCGUACGAGGCUCCUAGACAAUGAAAUAAAAAUAAUGAAAAGCGAAGUGAUGAGGAUUUCUCAUGAACUGCAAGCCCAGAACGAAAAAAUCAAAGAGAACACAGAAAAAAUCAAAGUAAAUAAGACACUGCCAUACCUUGUCUCGAAUGUUAUUGAAUUAUUGGAUGUAGAUCCUCAAGAGGAGGAGGAAGACGGUGCGGUGGUCGACCUUGACUCGCAGAGGAAGGGUAAAUGUGCAGUGAUUAAAACCUCUACUCGUCAGACAUAUUUCUUACCUGUUAUUGGGUUGGUUGAUGCCGAUAAAUUAAAACCUGGAGACUUGGUGGGCGUCAAUAAGGAUUCUUAUCUGAUUUUGGAGACGCUGCCGGCAGAGUACGAUGCAAGGGUGAAAGCUAUGGAGGUGGAUGAACGGCCCACUGAGCAGUACUCUGAUAUUGGAGGAUUGGAUAAGCAGAUUCAGGAACUCAUCGAAGCAGUAGUGCUGCCGAUGACACACAAAGAGAAGUUUGUGAACCUCGGCAUCCACCCACCCAAGGGAGUCCUUCUGUAUGGCCCUCCUGGCACCGGGAAGACCCUGCUGGCCAGGGCAUGCGCCGCACAGACCAAGUCAACUUUCCUCAAGUUGGCUGGCCCUCAACUAGUCCAGAUGUUUAUUGGUGAUGGUGCAAAAUUGGUCCGUGACGCCUUCGCCCUCGCCAAAGAGAAGGCACCAGCCAUAAUCUUCAUUGAUGAGUUGGACGCCAUAGGUACCAAGCGUUUUGACUCUGAAAAGGCCGGAGACAGGGAAGUACAGCGAACCAUGUUGGAGCUCCUCAAUCAACUCGAUGGAUUUAGUUCUACUGCUGAUAUUAAGGUCAUAGCAGCCACUAACCGUGUAGAUAUCCUGGACCCCGCGCUGCUGCGCUCCGGUCGUCUGGACAGGAAGAUCGAGUUCCCGCACCCCAACGAAGAAGCCAGGGCUAGGAUCAUGCAGAUCCAUUCCAGAAAAAUGAACGUGAGCCCCGAUGUGAACUUCGAAGAAUUAUCUCGAUCGACUGACGAUUUCAACGGCGCGCAGUGCAAGGCGGUGUGCGUGGAGGCCGGCAUGAUCGCGCUGCGGCGCUCCGCCACCGCCGUCACGCACGAGGACUUCAUGGACGCCAUCUUGGAGGUCCAGGCCAAGAAGAAGGCCAACCUCAGCUAUUAUGCUUAGUUUGUAUAUUGUAAGGCCAAUAAAAUUCUGAUUAUGUU